AUGAACAGUACAAAUGAAAUUAAUAAUGAUGGAAAAAUAAAUUAUCAUCACAACUUGAGAAAAAAUAGAAAACCACGCAAUUAUGAUUUUGAAUAUUGUGAUAAACCCUUAAAUAAACCCAAAUGUAGAAAAAAAAGGAAAAAAAAAAAGACACUAAAAAAUAUAAUAGGAUCUAUUAAUAAAAGUUUAAGUUCUCAUAAUAUGCAUAAACUUAAAAGAUCAUAUAUAAGAAAAAAGUAUAAACAAAAUAAAUUCUCCAAUAACGGUGAUAAAGGAAAAGAUAGAAAUGAUAUUGUUUUAGGCAGAAGCUAUUAUUUAUCACAUAAGUCUAUUAGUAUUGAAAAUCCAUAUAUUAAAAGUAACAAAACAAAGAAAUUUAAUUUAGAUAAAAAUGUAUAUUUAUUUAAUUCAAACAUAACCUUAAGGAAUAAUAAUAUAAAAGUAGAUAGAAUAUGUGAUUAUUUAACUUUAAGAACUAAUACUAUAUGGAAAUACAUGGGAUCUACUGUGAAAUUUAAAUUACUAAACGAUCAACAAGAAAAAUACAUUUUCUUGAAAAAUAUGAAAAAACAUAUAAUAUUUGAAAUUAUUAAAAUAGCUAUGUUUGCUUUACUGAAAGUUAAUUUAAAUGAUAAUAAUAUAUAUACAUUAAAAUUCUUAGGAAUACAAAAAACAUUAAAAAGAAAUUACGAUAAUGAUAACACUUUAUUAAGAAAUAGUUGUCAAAUAAAUGAAAAUGGAUACGAUUAUAAUUAUGAUCAAAGUAAUAAUAAAAACAAAAAAGGUGAUUGCAGGAAAAAUAAUUGUAAAAUGAAACAUUAUAAUAAAAAAGAUUUAAGUAAUUCUUCAAAUGAUAAAAAAUAUUUAAAUUUUUUUAUUACUAAUUAUGAAGAUUCAAGACUAAACAUAAAUAAAAGAUUAGAAAUAAAAAAUGAUAUAUUGAACCAAGGGGUAACUGUAUCAGAAAUCUUAGAUUUUGUAAAAGAAAAAUAUGAAAAAUAUUAUGAAAGUGUUAAACAGUAUAUUGUGACAACAUUAAAUAUAUACUGUGCUUUAAACAUCUUUAAAUUAAUUAGAAGAGGUAGAUAUGCUUUAUGCAAAUAUGAGAAUUUUAAUAUUUUUAAAGUAAAAUAUUAUAGAAAAUAUCAUAAAUUUUUUUAUUCUUUAAAAGGAGAAGAAGAAAUUCUAAUGAAUAUUAAAAAUUACUUGAAAUCUUUUUAUUAUGAUAAAAACAGAGUUUCUCAAAAAAGUAAACACAAUUCUCCGAAUAUGAUAAAUGAAAUAAAUAAACAAAUUAAAAAAAAAAAAAGAGGGAAUAUUACUCAAAACAAAUUAGGUAUCAAUAAAAUAAAUUUAAAGGAGAGUAUAUUAGAUACAUCUUAUAAUUCUGCAUUUAAAAAUAAAAAACAUGAAAAUUCUGUAUAUGAUAUUUCUAUAUAUAAAAAUAAUAAAGUAAAUGAUAUUAAAAAAAGUAUAUUAUCUGUUAAGAAAAAGAAAAAGCAAAAAGUAAGAAAUGUUAUGGAUAUUCAUACAAAUAUUGUAGAUGAAUUAAAUAACAAUAAAGAUAUAAAUGAAUCAGAAGCCAAUAUUAUAAAUAAUAAUAACUCAUUAAAUUCUUGUGAUGAUAAUAUAAAAAAUGUUUUCAUUGAUUUAAACAAAAUUAAUAUAAAAUGUAUUAAAGUUGUUUAUGGAAUGAAGCAUUUUUUUUGUUCAUAUGAUACUAAAGAAAAAAGCGAUAAAAAUUUUGAGAUUAUAAAAGUACAAAAAAAAUAUGACUUGUUAAGAAGAAAAAAUAUGGUAAAUAUGAACUUAAGAUAUAAUUUCUUAUAUAAUACCAAGAGAUUAUUAAAUAGUUAUUACUAUGCUAAUGAUAAUUAUAAUUUAACAAACACUAAAAAUUUUUUUAUAAGAAACAAUAAUAUAAAAAUAAGUAAUGAAGAGGAAAAAAAGGCACCUCAGUAUGGAAAACAAAAAAAACAAAAUAAUGAAGAUGAUUCAUUAAUACAUGAAAAAUAUAAUUAUGUUAAUUUUAAUUUAAGUUAUAAAACCUUGAGAAAAAAAAUGAUUUGUUUGCGACAUUAUACGAAUAAUAGCAAAAAAGAUGAAAAGUGCUUUAAACAAAAACAUGAAAUAAAGAUAAAAGAUAAAUUGCAAAACGUAUCUAAUGAUUACUUAAUGCACACAUACUCAAUUAAUUCUAAUUUUUCUAAUCUCGUAAGUAAUGAUGGAUUUUCUGUUAAUUUUGAAAACCAUUGUUCUCAAAAAAGUAUAUAA